GAGAGAACGCGUUGCAUUAUUUCGCGGACGCGCGCCGAUCGUCAAACCCGCCGCCGCCGACGCCGCCCCGCACACGAGCGUUGCGUAUUAGUCGUCGUGUUAUUAUAUAGUUGUGGUGCUGCUGCUCGACGAGAUGAACUGCACGUCUUGACGAGUCCUCCGUCGCCGCUGCAAUACAGCCGCAGUCGCAUGUUAUAUUCCUGUGGCGACACACUGCGCACAGUCUUCGUAUAAUAAUAUAUCGCAUGUUAUUAUACACACAGUGCACAUUGCGCACGACCGUCACGCAGUAUAGACAUACACAUUUAUCGCCGCCGCAAUAGUACAAUAUUAUUAUCAUAUCACCAUCGUCGUGUCAGUACGUCGACGACCGCGUGCGUGUACAUCACACCUGCAGAAGCUGUACGCGUGCGUGCGAUAACGCCGUCUCGUUCGUUUCUGCUGAACUAUCAGCCGGCCGGAAUAUAUACGUCGCACAUCAGCUAAAACUGUUGCACAAACAUCACAUACAAAAUGCAUAGAAAUUAUUUGCUAUUUUCACUCCUCGGUAUCUUAGCCGUUGCGUGUGCCUUGMCGAACGAUAGGAGGCCAUUCGUUCGAGUCAUCACUGAACCGAAACCGGGAGAAGAAUAUGUUAGCAUUCACACUGCAAUGCCUUCGUCAGCCAUCCAAGGCAAACCUUUGGAGAGCGAUAUGGACGUGAAAAUCCUUGAUGAAGGACAAACGGGCAUAAAAGAAGUCGAAGGUUCCGUGCCAAUGGAAGAAAAAAUUUACGCGCAUAAAAAAUUGUACCCAUCUAACGAAGACGGACAAAAGAGAUCAAAGGCGGAAAAAAAAUAUGCUGCGCCAAUUGAUACAGAUGAUAUUUCUCCAGACAGCUUUGUCACAAAGCCAAACAAAUCAAAGAAUAAAAGGGAAGAAGAUACUCGGAGCCCUUCUAACAAAGAAGACGAUGGCUUGUUCGACUUCGUGGACUCCCCGUACGGRAACCAACAAAUAGUUGGUUCAGCUUCUUCUCAGGCGUCCCGGGUAAAUAUYAAAAAAGCACCUAAUGGCCAAGAAUAUGAAUACGAGUACGUCUAUUAUUAUUACGACGAAGAUGAAGAACACGCAAAACCCGGUUCCAAAACUAGUCAGAGCACAUCAAAUUCGCCACCAACCAGUUYAAAACCCAACAAGGAUGUCAAAGAAAACAACAGCAAAUCUAAAAAACCUGCAGUUGUACAAGAUGAAAAUCAAUUUGUACAAAAUACCAGCAAGRGCAGGUUUUCUGCAGUAGAACAUACUGUUACUACAGAAGAACCUGAAGGACAUGUCAAUUUUGCAGUUAAUGAUAUAGCUGAACACAAUAGUAAAACAAAGGAAUCUGGACGUAAUCUUGAAGAAGCUCUAUCAGUUCCGUCAUCUUCGCUGCCGGUUUCCGAAGAGCGUCUUCCACAUAAUCCUAGAUUCCCUGUCCGAUCUCGUGGCAACUCAAAACCUGCUCAGGAAAUUGCCACAACAGCUGCACCAGUUACAGAUACCCCAAUUACUCGGAUUCGGGCGAAUAAUAACGGCCCACACCAACCAGGUCUGGAUUUGGUGGAYAGCAACGUUUUUAGAACUCAUUCUACCAAUGGUCAACAUGCGCAGGUUACUUCGCCGAGACAUGAAAGUCACAGAGAUGCUGUGGUACAAACAACCGCGAUGCCAGCAGAUCAAGUAGCAACUAUUAAUAACGCUUAUAACACUCAGCUGACAGAAACAAUAGUAUCUGUAACAGAGCCAGUUAGCUUAGAUCGGAAUCAAGACAAUACCGAUGUGGAUACUAAGGGAUUAUCAUUGACGACGGCAUUAACCCCCGACGAGGUCGCCACGGUCGUCACCCAACGUUAUACCCCAGGAUCGACGGACAAAGGCGCAGUAGACCUGUACGCCAUUUUGCAGCAAACCCGUAGCGAAGAAACGGCCAAUACGAUAUUGUCGAGUGAACAUUCAACAAGGUUUGAAGACACUGAAACUCAGUACCCGACUACUUUAAGGCUGGCUCCAACUACGACUACAACUACCACAACACAAGCGCCGACAACAACGACAACAACAACCACCACUACCACCACUCAAGCACCGGCACCAGCACGCCAAGCUCCUGGAUCCGGACCGGUGCGCAGCCGAUACCGAGGUGGUUCCGUGGGUAGCAGGAACACCUUGACUUCGACCACUUCGACGACAACUGAGCUACCACCAUCUGAAGAGGUCACAGAAAAACGUAAAUUCAAACCUUCCCGAGAACGCAACACACAGGGAUCUGUUUACAGUAAGAGAUAUCAAUCUUCUACAGCUGCUCUCGAUAAAGAGACUUCCACUUCUGAAAGCGAAGUAGUAACAAAAGCACAAAAACCUUCAUUUGGUCGACAAAGAACACGCGCAAGCAAACCCAUAUCUACAAGCACAGUUCAAAUUGAUGAAAAUGUAGAGGUUACAUCAGCAGCGCCAAAGCCCAACUUUGCAGAAAGAUCCAACUUAAGGAGACAGAAUAGUAGAAAUAAAUUUACAACUUCCGCUUCAACAACUACAACAACAGCACCAGUACAACCAGUAACUGAAGAGAAUGAAAGUAAUGUUUCUGAACUUGAAGUUUCAGAGCCAACGACCACAACUGCUAAAGCUAUUGCAGGAGGUAGACUGAGGCCAAAUAUUAGACCAUUGAGACCAGGUUUGAGAUUGAACUUUGGAGGAAAGGGAUCAUCAACAACAGCAGCUCCAGUAUCAUCAACAACUCAAGCACCUAUCGUAGAAAGUUCAUCAGAUGAAGUAGAAGAAAAGGAACUGGUACAWGAAACGAGCCCAACUCCAACACCUGACACACUUUCAAGACUUAAGAACAAAUCUAGAUUCAGAGUACCAGAAAAACAAGGUCCACCAGCACCAAAACAACAAACUCUAGCUCCUCCCGUUACUGGCCAAAAUAGAAAGAAUUUAUUAUCUAAUUUGUUGCCCAAAAAGAAAUCGAUUCAAACUGAAGAGCCUCCAGUACUUGAGGAUGUGAAACCAGUUUUAGAAAAUGAACAGGAAAACGACCAAGGUGCAGAAUUACAAAACGAAGAAGACAUUGAUCGACAACAACCAUCGUCUACCACGACCAGCACAACUGAGGCACCUCCAUCAUCUACAAACAAAUUAUCAUCUUUGUUAAAGAGAAGGCCACUGCAAAGAAGACCUGCAGUUGAUCUACCUAGCAGACAAUCAAAUCAAGAUGAAUGAUAAAUCAAAAUUAAAUUAAAAAAACUAUUGGAUAAAAUAUGUGUAUGAACCAUAUAGAUACUAAUUUUAAAUG